GGUAAAGCUGCAGGAUAAGAUAACAUCUCCAUCAGACUCGUUCUUUACGAAUCCUAUAUACACACAUAUAUAUAAUGCGGUUUGUCUUUUCCGCGUCUUACACAAGUGCUUGCUAGGUCGGUAAUCCGCAUGGUGAAGUCAAUUUCAGCAACAUUAAAGUAACUCAUUUUUUUGGGGGACACUCGAGGCGGAAGUUGUGAAACGUUGACGUCCCCGUCGCGCGUGCAUGCGCGCGCGUGCGCGUGCUCCAGUGAAGUGAUGGCAGGGGAAGAGCCGACGCUCAGAGGGGAGUGAGAACUUGUCGGGGAUGGCGGACAAACCUCUGACACUGUUCGUGAAGCUGUUUGCCGCCGGUUUUUACGGUCUGAGCUCGUUCCUGAUCGUCGUGGUGAACAAAAGCGUCCUCACCAACUACAGGUUUCCUUCUUCAAUAUGUGUCGGCAUAGGACAAAUGUUGGCCACGGUGAUUGUGCUGUGGGUGGGCAAGGCUGCGAGGGUGAUCACCUUCCCCGACUUCGAUGAGAGCAUACCUCGCAAGACGUUUCCUCUACCUCUCCUCUAUGUGGGAAAUCAAAUCACUGGUUUAUUCGGAACCAAAAGGCUGAAUCUGCCGAUGUUUACAGUCCUCAGGAGGUUCUCCAUAUUAUUCACUAUGCUCGCAGAGGGAUUUCUGCUCAAGAAGAAGUUCUCCAGGCCAGUCCAGCUGACAGUAUUUACAAUGAUCCUUGGGGCGUUUAUAGCUGCGAGCUCCGACUUAUCCUUUGACCUGCAAGGCUACGUGUUCAUUCUCCUGAACGACAUUCUGACUGCUGCCAACGGAGCCUAUGUGAAACAAAAAUUAGAUGCGAAGGAGUUAGGAAAAUAUGGAUUAUUGUAUUAUAAUGCAUUAUUUAUGAUAAUUCCCACUGUGCUGUUGGCUCACGUGACUGGAGAUAUGCAGAAGGCGAUGGAAUAUGAGGGUUGGUCGGACGCAGUUUUCCUCUCGCAGUUUAUCCUCUCGUGUAUCAUGGGGUUUGUCCUGAUGUAUUCCACUGUGCUCUGUACUCAGUACAACUCAGCUUUAACAACUACGAUUGUGGGAUGCAUCAAGAAUGUCUUGGUGACGUACAUUGGGAUGAUUUUCAUUGGAGACUACAUUUUCUCAUGGACUAACUUCAUCGGUUUAAACAUCAGUAUUGCUGGCAGCCUGGUGUACUCGUACAUCACCCUCACAGAGGAGCAGUCCAGCAAAGCCAGCGAAAACACCAAGCUGGACAUCAAGGGCAAGGUGGUCGUAUGACAGAGACACUGGAUAUUGUCGUUUUGACGCUGAUGAACGAUUCUAUUUUUAGACUUUUAUUUAUGGAGUAUUUCAGCUGUGUAGGCAUGGGAACGGCAGCGUGCAUUUAUGUGGAAGCGGAGCCGAAUCGUCGCCCUGCCUCUCCCGCUGCUGCCAUGGUUACGCAACCCUCCACAGGGUCUGUAGGUUGACUUUUAGACGGUGUUAUCUUUUUAAGUGUUUGUAUUUUGAUAUUGUGCUUGCGAGCAUCGAGAACAAGGGAACAUGAAAACAAUACUAUUUAUAUUAAAACGUUUCUAGGUAUUUAGACAAACAGAACAUUUAAAGUUAAAUGUCGGGUGAUGUUAUGUUACACGAGAGUGAACAGCUGGAUUAAUCAGCCGUUUUAAGUGUGUGUGUGUGUGUGUGUGUGUGUGUGUGUGUGUGUGUGUGUGUGUGUGUGUGUGUGUGUGUGUGUGUGUGUGUGUGUGUACUGACGAAUCAUGGGAAUAUUAAGUAAUGGUUAUUUUAAAGGCACAAUCCUUCUUCUUAUUGCCUUUCCUGUUUUGCUGUUUACAAGGAAUGUAACUAUAGGUGCCUUCUGAGCACAGCGAGAUGCACUGACACUGACAUUUUCUGUUGUUUCAGUCUUUUAUCCUGGUACAUAUCUUUUGAUUUUAGCCCAAACACUGUUAUAAGCUUGGUGGUGACAGUGAUCAAACCUCAUCCUUUCAGACAACCAAAGUGGACGGGCAGUGGGCUGUUAAGUUUCCAUCAAGGAUUGUGGCUUUAAAUGAUGUUGCUGCCUCCGUUUUGGGAGAUAAUUUAAAGAUGACAGUUUACAUUUCUGCUCCCUCAGUAUUACAGAAUGUUUGUUGUUGACUCUAUGGCUGUAACCUGGUUCUCUCUAUGCAGAUUUAACAAACGGUACUUACAGUUUGUUACUUGUAUGGGGGGGGUCCAUUUGUUUUUGUUAUUUUUUUGACACGUUAUCGCACUUUUAACUGAGGUGUCAUCUAUAAACAGCCUCGCCUCCUGUUACAUUUCAUUAUCCUUCGUAUUGAGAUUAACGUACUUUCCUGAAAUGUUACGUUUCAGGUUUUUAUAAGUACUUCACAAGGAACUUGGUUAUUUAAACAUUUAAUAAUCCGGUAUGAGUUUCUUUUUUUAAAAAGCAUUUUUUUAUAUUUAUUACUAUUUGUAUAACUUCAUUUGUAGGUGGAGUGGCUUGAUCUGAUCUCAUGUCAAACAGUAACCAUGGAUUUGUAGCUGAAACCUGAUGGUGUAUUUUUACAUUGAAAAAAAAAAAAAGAAAACAACUUAUCAUGA